GAAAGAGGCUUGUUCUCUGGUUAUGACUGUGGACCGAGUCAAAUGCUUGAGGGCUGUAUGGUUUGAGGAAUGAGUACUUGCUCUUGCCGAGCGAAUAUUUCCUUCAUGUCUUUCCCCUACCCCAAUCUCUCUUAUUUUCACUACCAGAUCUUUGUUUUUGAUUAGAUAUCCUAGCCAAGCUUCUUCAACAUAUUUACAUGGCAUUGCAGAAAUACCAGACUGCACGCAGAACCGUUCGAUCUUUGUGAGAGAGUCAAACAUCUUUCUAUUCAUAGAAAGCACCACGACUCUUACCUCUACAGCACAAUCAGGUAUUGUCGAGACUUAACUCUGUUCCUCAUGAUGGUGGCUAAGGGGUAUAAACCCCAAAUGCUAUGGGCAAUAAUGGAACCAGAUUCGCAGCAGAAUUCUGACUACACGGUCGUCUUGAGUUCCGGGAAACGCCUACUUCAAAAGCUCGCAUAUGGAUGUAUACCCAGUUUCUUACAGAGAAGAACAAUACGACCUAGUUCGCCAAAGACGCAAAAGUUGCAUCCCACUUCAUAUCUCGAUGGCCUCCGAGGAGUGGCUUCUUUUAUUGUAUUCAUGGGGCAUUAUACCGAGGAGAAUAUUGGGUGGUGGACUGAGCCGUAUGGACUUUACGAAGAUGGUGCCCCGUCAUCACCUAUUCAACUCCCAUUUGUUCGAGUACUAUAUUCUGCCAGACCAAUGGUUCAUAUAUUCUUCAUCAUUUCUGGAUUCGUCCUCACCUACAAACCUCUCAAGCAAAUACACUCUCAACAAUACUCGGCACUUGCAUCUACAUUAUCUUCGUCUGUCUUUCGCCGCGCAGUCCGUCUCUUCUUGCCAUCUGUUAUAACACUUCUUAUAAUGUCUAUGGCGGUAUAUUAUGAGCUCUCCGAAGCUCGAUACGGAUUCCCCCUAUGGUCACUCAGCGCUCAGAUUGGGAGUUGGUACGAAACUUGUUGGCAGCUUUUGCAAUCAUCCUGGAGGUGGGACGACCCUGCAUCGCCUCUACCACGUUAUAAUCCAGCACUUUGGACAAUCCCUGUGGAAUUCGCACAGUCGAUGCUUCUAUUUAUUGUUAUACUUGGCCUUUCUCACGCUCGUGUAAAUAUGCGGCUUCUCAUUUUAGCAUGCAUUAUGUCUUUCUGCUUCUGGAGUGCACAAUUACACGCAGUUGAAUUUCUAGGCGGAAUGUUCAUUGCCGAAGUUACACUCCUCCAAUCAUAUAGCUCGACGCCAUCCAACUCUGCCGAAUCCUCCCCUAUCCUUCCUACUACCGAAUUUGGCGAUGGAUUUAGCAAACAACCCAUUGAUACAGCAUCCGAGACUUCGAGCAUCAGUACGGCAACCAAUAAAAGCAUUUUGGUGAAGAUAUUCUGGAUUCUUAACGUUAUAUGUGGUCUCUAUAUUUCAUCUUGGACAAACGAGCAUGUCGACGAAAUUCCGUUCCUCUCAACCCUCAAUGCGCACACUCCGGAACCAUAUAGUGGGCAAAGAGUUUGGUUCUGCCUCGCAGCCUUUCAAAUCGUACUUGCAUGCACACAACUCACUAGCUUACAAUCUCUCUUCAAUCUACCGGUUCCUCAAUAUCUAGGCAAUAUAUCAUAUGCUCUAUAUUUGACACACAAUCUCUGCCUUACGAUCCUCGAACCUCGUUUUGGACCUUUGUUCGAUAAUACGAUCGGAAAAGAUUCUUUUAUAGGUAGACAUGCUUUUUGGGCGGCCGGAUUGCUAGUUUAUGGACCAAUUAUAUUAUGGACAGCAGAUGUGUUUUGGAGGGCGGUUGAUGUCCCGUCUACGAAGUUUGCGAGGUGGCUCGAAAAUAAAUGCUUGAUUAAGGACGAUGAGAGUCCUAGGAAGAAAAAUACCCUUUUUUAGUUUAGUUAUGGUUGAUGCAUUCAGGUUUGGGAUAUGAAUCGCAUGGUUAUUGGCGUUGUAUAGAUAUCAGGGCAACUGCAUAUUGAGAGUGAUUUUGGGCCUUGGUUUAUGAGCGAAAUAUUGGCAACACAAUUUAUGUAUUUAGAGGCCAUAUAAUGGACAUUUAUAAUGAUCAAAUAUUCCAUUUACACAUUGAGAUAUCAAUUGAAAAGACCGCCA